GCGCCGUUAGCUUGAUUUCGGAGAUGGCUUUUCUUCCUCUACAAAGCUCCUCCGGCGUACCCCUCUCCUAAUCGGCGACGGCUCUCACUCUUUCAGGCCAUUCUCAUCAGUUAUCGGAGUCCUUUCCGGCGUUUUUUCCGGCUUUUUCCGGAGUGCUUCCGCUUCUAGUGGCGUGGUUCCUUUUUCUGUUCAAAUGGCUCGACUUCCGACUACGGCUUCUCUGCGACCUUCUCUUUCGUUUCCAAACGAUCUAGGUGCUUGUGUAAGACUGAGGCGUCCACCGCUAUCGGCUUUGUCGCUGAUUCAUCCUUCUCCACCGGAUCCGCCCGAACCUCCAGACCCUCCCGAUCCCUCGCUAGUACAGACCUCCGCCGGUGUGGUCUCGUGGUCCUUCUCGGUUUGUUUCGUCCCCUCUUUGUCUCCGUCAAGUCAGAUUUCUAAGUGUUUAGAUCUGAGCUUUUUCCCUUUAGUGGCUUUGUUGGGUGCCUUGUCACCUUCCGUUGGAUCCGCUUGGGUUAUUCCCUUUGCCAUCCGGCACCCCUUUACUGCAAUAAUGGAAUCGGAAGCCUCAUUCGAUGGAUUUGUGUUCGUAGCAGACAAGGCUUCCAUGGUUAGUUUGCCUUGGUUGUGGUUUGACAUUCUUUGUCAUGUUUACUCCUUUAUGGAGUUUUAUAUCCUCUCAAAUGCCCCUUUUGGUGGAAAGAGAUUUAUUGUAGGGAAGAAGAUCUUCUUCGGUGAAGCUAGGCUCACUUUCUCAUCUCUUUGUGAUAUGGGUCGGUGGUUCUCGAUCGUCAUUGAAGUUCCCCUUUUCGAUGGAUUUGUCCGUCGUAAUGUCACGUUCGCGUUCCUAGCGGUAGAUCGUGGCUUGAAGGCCUCCUUGGAAGCAAAGGAUGGUGCUGAAUUCGGUUGUCUUGGUUUGGUUGCUUCUUGGGUUGAGCUUGUUUGCUCCCCUCUAUCCUUAUGUCUCUCUUUGAGUUAUUGCUUUUGUUUAAGCUUUUUCAAUUGCUCGACUAACGUAUUAGUCGUUAUCUUGAUUUGUUUGGCUCUUAGUAGCCUUUUGUAUCCUCUUCUCAUAGAGGCAAAACUCUUCUAGUUUGAAUGAAAUUUCAGUUUGUCC